AUGCACGAUGCAAUUCAUAUCGGAAACCUCUGUUGUUUGGACAUGGGAAAACAAAAGACGAUCGGCGGCGUGGAUCACUAUCAGCAACCCGUUCACGAGGUCAAAGAGGAGCUACCCUACUUCGACGAUCAGGCAACGGAAAAAGAAAGCAUUAAAUCUCCCUUCAUAAGGAGCAUGAUUGAGCAGCUUUUUCGAAUACAAUUACAAGAAGACCGAGAUAUCGUUGUGGAAAUAUUUCUCAUGUACGACGUUCUGGUCCGACCGGCGCUAAUCGUGCAGGACCAUAUUGCUUCCACUGGGACCAUUAUUCUGAACGACGUAAAAUCAUCUGGAACAUCUGUACUCAAGCAUUACGACCUGCUGUUACACGAAUAUAUGGUCACCGCCAUCCAGAGACGUCCAGAUGCGCGCUCCUCCGCUUUAACGGAACCGCAAACAUCAAUAUUGGAAACAAGCAGUCGUCUAGGAGACGUCCUAAAAACAAUUUCCUGUGACAUUACUCUCAUGACCGCAAUUCCAGACAAGCCUCAAAGCCUAUCUCCGUACAUCGUUUCCAACGUGAUUUUGACAACACUACUUCAUCUCCAGACCAUGCUCGUCGACUACUGCAGCAGCUCCGACAUUCCUCUACCAACAACUGAAGUUCGACGGUGUGUCGUCUCCCUAUUGGCCUUUAAUAUGUCCUCCUUAAGCCCUCUCAGCAUCGAUGCCUCCAUCGAACCGAGCCUUUGCAAAGUAUACCGAUACUGGUCAUAUCCGCCGAACGAAGAAUGCAAAAAUGUACAGAUCAAAGGACUCGAUUGGUCUACAAUUGCGUUGGAAGGAAGCUUCUGGGAUGACUCGAUUCAAGGUGCAUCAUCACGUGCAGCUCGGAUAUUAUGGCAUCAACUUGCAAGAACGCACGGGAUUUUUGAAGAGACCGAUGUGUUUUUUGAUGUACAAAAGCAUGUACUCCAGACUCUGGGUAUGCUCGACGUUUCCAAAGCCGUCCGCGCGCACUUUUUCGGCCGCGAUAUGCCAACGGCUGAGCCUCCUUCCAAGCAAAUGACCCAUUUGCACCUAGGCUUUAACACUCCCUAUACCCCUCCAAGCGAUGUGGCGAUUCGCCCGUAUCAGCGGGUACCAGCCAGGCUGCACGCUGUUCUCCAAUUCAUUUCGCUGGUCGAUGGAUUUGAUAAAGACAUGUAUGAUGAACUAUUACCAGUGUGCUAUGAGAUGCUAAAUGCUUCCAACGACACAAUCACCGUCAUGGGAGCGGUUGCCGUCUACCAUUUACUGCAAUUGAAAGGGUCUGCUCGUUCAGCUUGGCAGCCGGCAGCAAUCAGCAAUCUUGAAGGACUAGUCAACCAGGCCGUGAAGGUCUGCGAUAAGAGCAAUCAUUUUGCCAUUUUGGGGCUUGUUCAACGAACAUUGCUUAAGGAUUAUAUCGCCGACGAACACGUUGGGCAGACUCGAAGAAAAACGACAACUUGGUGGCUUUGGAAACUGGAUCGUAAUCAGCAUCGCUUAACCGAUGGUACUGUUUGGGGUCUGCUGUUGGGUGGCGUUGUUCCUCUUCUACACCAACACGCUCAGUUCGGAAACGCUGAUGCCAGCGAACUGGGGCGAAUGGGACUAGCAGCAAUGUUGCCACUAUUGCGCGCUGGAGGAAGAAACGAAAUGGAACGCGAAGUCUCUAUCCUUGCUUUGAUUGGAUUGAGCAACUUGAUGGUGGCAGCCUAUCCAAUUAUGCCACAUCAUGGAGGUAAAAUCAUUGCCGAGCUGUUGGGAGCUUUGGGAAAGUGUGAAAGCGUUUUACUGGAAGAUGUUUUGAGGCAUGUCGCAGUGUUAGCGGUGAUAGUUUGCGGUGAUCGUGCUGCAAAGCUUCUGAACGAAAUAUCCGAUUCCAAUAAAUACGAGUCGUUCUUGAUUGACAUAGCUCAUGAUGUUCAAUCUCGGGCCGCCAACUGGAAUGGGUCUUAA